UUCUCAACCCAAAGGCCCAAAGCAUCCCUAGGUGUACAUACGCGUGAGAAAAAAAGAUUACAUCCAGAUCCAGCCGUGAGAUCGUGUAGUUAAUUCCCUAAUCCUUCCCGUAAUUACGUUCCUGCCUUCUAGGUCUGUGCUCUCCCUCCAUACGUACGUCUUUGCGCCGCCGUCGCCGUCGCCGUCACCAGUCGCGGCAUAGCCUGCCGCUGCUUCCGCCGUUCUGGUUGUUGCACAGCCGCACAUGGCAGAGGGCACUACAUUCUCCCGGGCAAUUGAGGGAGAUCACAACUACUCGUCUGCUACAGCGCGUCACACAUCAACAGAUUGACUUCGAAAGAAUUCUGGUAUAUAGUAUUCCUUCCGUUCCUAAAUAUAAGUCUUUGUAAAGAUUCCAAUAUAAACCACGUACGGAUGUAUAUAGAUGCAUUUGAAGGAUAGAUUCACUCAUUUUAUUCCGUAUGUGGUCUAUAAUGGAAUCUCUAUAAAGACUUUUAUCUAAGAACGGAGGGAGUAAUCCUGAGUCAUUACAAUUUGUUUCAAAUCAAUGAUUUUAUUUACUAAUUAGGUAAGAUUGUAAUUUACAAAUAUAGUUUCACUUCUUGUUUACAAAUAUAGAUUCAUUGUAAAAGCUCAUUGUUUCGAAAUAUUACUUAGAACACAAAUCCACUUGAGGAGCAAGCUAUUCUGCACGAUAAUUUGAACCCAUGUUAUUAUCAAACAUAUAUUUUCAUUCAUAUCAAUUCUACUUUUGAGACUAUUUUUUUUGUGUGUGUUGUGUGUAUCAGAAACGAUUAUUAUCGUUCUCGCCCCCCUUAUGCCUAAAUCCUGGCUCCGCCCCUGGGCGUGGGCAACCCGGCAGUCGAACCGGGCUUGGCCUCACUUUCCUCUCAGAAGCUCGGAAAAGGCUAUGAAAUGAUUGUUUUUUUAGAUCUUUCCUCUCAGUACUGUCUCAGCUGCCGAAUUAUCUCGUGUUGGCCGAAGGCGACGGGAGCGCAAGAUGACUGCGCACCGGUCAAAACGAGCGUGAAUCGCCUUGGAACAACGCCGACUCCCCACCACUAUUCGUACGUAAGGUCAAAUGGUUGGUGUCCACGCACACAUGGCUCCAGGCGCCCGCUAGCAUGGAAAUGAUGAAAAAAGAGAGAUCGUUCCAUGUUUUGCCGAUUUUUGCGUGAUAAACGCCAAGAGAGAUCGCUCAAGUUGGCCCUGUUGCAAGGAAAAUUCAGGUGUUGGUGUUGGCGGUAGCGGCUCAAGCUGGAAGCUGCCUUGAAUACGCCAAGAGAGAUCGCUCAAGCAGGAAGCUCGCGGUAUACCCGAUCGAACAGGUGUCGGAGACUAACGUUGGACUAAUGGGACCUAAAUUUUGGAUGAGCUGACCGGGAUCGAUCUGCAGGUGCACGUGAGCUAAAUCUUUGUCUAUAAAUAUGCAUGCGAUGCACCACUCUCUUGCACAAUCCACUAAGCACCACCACUCCACCACCACCAGGUAGCUAGUAAGCCGGCGUAGCUUUGCUCUUGUAGCUAGCUAGCUAACCAUGGCCGCCUCUGCCUCUUACCUUUCUCUGGUGGUGCUCGUGGCUCUGGCCGCCGUGGUGUCGGGGCAGCUGUCGCCGACGUUCUACGACACAUCCUGCACAAGGGCCCUGGCCACCAUCAAGAGCGGCGUCAUGGCCGCCGUGAGCAGCGAUCCUCGGAUGGGCGCGUCGCUGCUCCGGCUGCACUUCCACGACUGCUUCGUCCAAGGCUGUGACGCGUCUGUUCUGCUUUCUGGCAUGGAACAAAACGCUCUCCCGAACAACGGGUCACUGCGGGGCUUCGGCGUCAUCGACAGCAUCAAGACACAGAUCGAGGCCAUCUGCGCCCAGACCGUCUCCUGCGCCGACAUCCUCACCGUCGCUGCCCGUGACUCCGUUGUCGCCCUCGGAGGGCCAUCAUGGACAGUCCCUCUGGGAAGAAGGGAUUCCAUAGAUGCAAACGAGGCGGCGGCAAACAGCGACCUCCCAGGCCCUACGUCUAGCCGGUCAGAUCUUGAGCUGGCAUUCAGCAACAAGGGCCUCCUUACGGUCGACAUGGUGGCCCUCUCCGGCGCGCACACCAUCGGCCAGGCGCAGUGCGGGACCUUCAAGGACAGGAUCUACAACGAGACUAACAUCGACACGACCUUCGCCACAUCUCUCCGGGCCAACUGCCCCCGGUCCGGCGGCGACGGCAGCCUGGCGAACCUCGACACGACGACGGCCAACACGUUCGACAACGCCUACUACACCAACCUCGUGUCACAGAAGGGGCUCCUGCACUCGGACCAGGUGCUGUUCAACAACGACACCACCGACAACACCGUCCGGAACUUCGCGUCCAACCCGGCAGCGUUCAGCAGCGCGUUCACGACGGCCAUGAUCAAGAUGGGCAACAUCGCGCCGAAGACGGGGACGCAAGGGCAGAUCAGGCUCAGCUGCUCCAGGGUGAACUCGUGAUUGAAUGACGAGCUACUACCUAAUACCUGGUCGGCAGCGCUCGCCAGCACAGACACCUGAUGAAUGAAUAAGGCCACAGAACCAAUGGCCAAUAUAAAUACCAGAACUUGAAAUGUGUAUUUUAUGUACGAGCAGCAGCAAAUCAUGCAUGCAUCCACAUAUUAUGUAACAAUCGAAUUCCCACUUUCUCAUGCAAAGGCAUGGAGAAUUACUAUCAAUCCUACUUAUAGUUGUAUACAUAAUAAUGAGAUAUAAACUUCUGCUUU